GGAAAUUUCCUUCGGUUGUGGAAGAAGGCGUUUGGUAUUUUGUGUGUAUUGAAUGCUGGCCUGCUAUGCAGAAAGCUUUGUUCUCGUGACCUUAUAUAGUAUUUGUUGCAUUCUCUGGGCCCAGAGUAGUUUCACCCUGCUAUUAAUAUAAUGGAUGAAGCAUAUGAACUAAAGAAGGAGUUGAAGAAAUGGGAGGCUCAAUUUGUACAGGAGCAGAACAGAAAACCCAAAAAGAGUGACAUAAAUGCUGCCCCUGAUCAUAUACAAGCUGCUUAUGAACAAUACAACGAGCUGAAGAGAAAGAUAAGAAAUGGAGAGAAUAAUGUCAGUGACAGUUUUGAGGCGUGGUCAGAGAGUUUGAAUAAAUCACACAGCAAAGUCACCCCUUCAAGAAAAGAAGAAAAGAAGCCAUCAUCAGCAAAGUACCUGGAGAAGCUUGGAGCCAAAUUGUUCCAGAAUGCCAAAUCAAUUCCCCCAAAACAGGUUCAGUUGUCUAAGAAAACAUGUAUGACUGCUGGUGGCAAAAAUCUUUUGCACACUAAGUGGGAGAACUCGUGUGAAAAUGCUGUGCACUCAGAAGGCUUACCUGCCACAUCUACGCAGGCUGGAGUGUUUGGAAAGGCUCUGAUGCUGUCUCACAGGAUAAUUGACAAACAUUCUGUCAAUAUUCCAGAAGGACCUCUUAUUCCUGAACCGUUCAGGAAACGGGAAAGGUCAUCAGUCUUGGGAAAGAAAUUCUUGCAGGUGAAAUCAGGUGAUACAUCUGGUGAUGACUUCAUGGAGCUUAGUGAUUCAUCAUUAACAAGCGAAAUUAAAGAAUCAACAUCUUUGCAAAAAACUAACAGUGGAAAAAUAUGUACUGAUAAUUCUAUGAUUUUGGAGAAAAGUACUGUAGAGAUUAAAUCCAGACAGUCCCUGCUUCAUACAAAAUCUACUCAUACAGUUGCUAAGUCAGUUCCUUUCGCUUUAACUGAAUCUGGACAAAUUCCGGAACUGUCUUUAAACCCUGAUCCUUUUCACUAUAAUGAUGAUUUGGAGGCUGAAAGGGAAUUGUCAGGUAGUAGAACGGGCUCCGGUGAGAAGGAGAAAGAUGCUUUAGCUGUCAGAAAGAAAGCGCCUGCUGUAAAACGCCCGAUCAUAGAAGAUGAUUCUGACGAGGAGAGUCAACCAUGCAAGAAGAGUAAAGCUUCUGAUCAAAGAUCCCCGAAAGACACCAAACCAGAGGCUAGAGAAGAGCGUGUGGAAUCAGAAUCUGUGAGUGUGACAUCUGCACCUGCAAGGAAGGUGAGCUCUAGGCCAAUGAAGACAGACAAUUUUGUAAGACUGAACAUGAGAACAAAGGGAUAUCGACGGAAAGGAAAGGGCAUGACUGGGCCCCAACAUAAACGUAUGCUGUGGAAAAACAAGAUGGCUGCCAGAGCCAGUAGCCGUGGUGAUACUUGCUAUAAAUGUGGAGAGACUGGACAUUGGGCCAACAAAUGUCCACAGAAAGGAGGAAGCAAGAGACAGCCUCAUAAGUUCAAUUUUGGAGACAAUCCAAAGAAAAAAACAAAACCUGUGGAUGACCUAGAAGUAGAGGAAGCUUCUUUUGACUUUGAUAUGGAUAUUGACCUUGAAGAAGGCGUAAUCCCAACUGCCUAUGAGGCCCCUGUGGCACCUCCAGCCCAUGAUCCUCUAGUUCUUCCCAACAAUGAUGGCACUUUACCAGAUAUGGAGGAUUUGGUACAGAAAGGUCUUCAGAAGUUUGGGUUCGACUCCUUCCGUGAUGGACAGGAGAAGGCUGUCAAGAGGAUACUUUGUGGUUUAUCUACGCUAGUUGUCCUCUCAACAGGUGCAGGUAAAUCCUUGUGUUACCAGCUGCCUGCAUAUCUGUAUGCUCAGAGAUCAAAGUGCAUUACCUUGGUUAUAUCCCCUUUGGUGUCACUUAUGGAAGAUCAGAUAGCUGGCCUACCAAAAGGUGUGAAAGGGGCUUGUUUCCAUAGCAACAUGACAAAAGUUCAGAGAGACAAGGUGAUGUCUGCGCUAAGUGACGGCGUGUUGCAUUUCCUGCUGGUGUCACCUGAGACCAUAGCCGGAGGGGGUGGGGGAUUUUCCCACGGUAACCACAUCAACCCUGGCAAACUUCCACCUGUCGCGUUUGUGUGCAUUGAUGAGGCUCAUUGUCUGUCAGAGUGGUCCCAUCAUUUCAGACCAUCUUAUCUCAGGCUGUGCAAGGUACUCCGUGAGAAAUUUGGAGUGCAGUGUUUUCUGGGUCUUACAGCCACGGCUACCCUGUCAACAGCUGCUGAUGUGUCGAGACAUCUGAACAUCAAGGACUUUGAGGAGGCAACCAUCAGAGGUCAGCCUGUCCCUGACAACCUGCGCCUCUCUGUAUCAAGAGAUGAAGACAGGGACGAGGCAUUGAUCCAGUUGUUACAAGGGGAGAGGAUGUUGAAGUGCGCCUCCAUCAUUAUUUACUGUACACGGCGUGAUGAGACGGAAAGACUCGCCACGCUUAUACGCACCUGUCUGAAGGAUUCAGCCCUGUCCAGAGAGACUGUCGAAGCCUUCGCAGAACAGCAGAAAAAUAAAAACAUAAAAAAGAGCAAAAGUAAGAGUAAGGCUGACAACACGACUUGGGACGCUGAGAGUUAUCAUGCGGGAAUGUCAGCAGCGCAGAGAAAGCGUGUCCAGAACGCUUUCAUGUCGGGCAGACUGCGAAUCGUCGUGGCCACGGUUGCAUUUGGCAUGGGACUUGACAAAUCUGAUGUGCGAGCUGUUAUUCAUUAUAACAUGCCUAAAAGUUUUGAGAGUUACGUGCAGGAGAUCGGUCGAGCUGGUCGAGACAGGAAGGUAGCUCACUGUCACGUCUUCCUUGACCAAGAGGGAGCUGAUCUUUGUGAGCUGAGAAGACACACAUUUGGAAACACCAUCGACAGAUUUACCAUCAAGAAGCUGUUGGAAAGAGUCUUCCAUAAGUGUCGGUGUAAGGAGAUUCAAGAGCGUGCCAACCAGUUUGCUGAGGCCUGCGAGUUUCCCGAUGAUGACAUCGACUACAGCCGAGUCUCUGAAGAGCUGACGCCAAGCACAACAGCUGGGAAUGCAGCGCUUGACAACAAUGUGAAAAAUCCUGAAAAAUGUUAUCCCAGUGAUAAUGAUGGACGUGUGCAGGAUAAGGCGCCAUCCGUGCGCGCUUGUCCUGGUCAUGAGAGAGCUAUACCUAUAGAGCCAACCGUCAUGGCGCUCGAUGUCAAGGAAGAAGGUCUAGCCACUUUGCUGUGUUACCUGGAGCUGAGGGCAGACAGGAUCAUUCAGAACAUGCCCCCUGUGUAUGCCACAUGUAAGCUGCAGUGCUAUGGAGGACCCCUUCAGCUAGAGGCUGUGGCCAAGAAGUGUCCCCCUGUUGCUGUGACAAUAGCCAGACUUAAAAAAGAUGGAAACUUUGAUAAAAAGAGAAAAGACUUGGAUUUCAAUGUGACAGAGGUUGCUGAUAGCAUGGGAUGGGACUCGGGACCAGUCAAACGGGAGCUAAAAUUGCUUCAGUGGGACUUCAGUAGUACAGGGGCUCCUGUGAAAAGCGGGGUGAUGGUGGAAUUCUCAGACCUAGCCUUCCACCUGAGGUCCCCUGGGGACCUAUCUGAUGAUGAGAGGGACAGAAUUCUGGAUGAGCUGAAUGAAAGAGUGAAGAGACAGGAGAGGACGGAAUUACGGCAGCUAAAACAGCUUCAUACAGCUCUAACAAGUGUGUCUCACAAAGCCUAUUGGAUGUGUGCAGAUGAGGUGGACCUGAAGAGAGACCAGAAGCUCAAGUCUAUCAUUGAUCAAUACUUUGAGAACCAGAGUAAGCCUGAUGAGGAAAAUCUGCAGGAGGAACAACAAGAGGAGUUGGCACAGGUGGACUCUACCACUCUAAACCAGCUCCAGGCUGAUAUCCGCUCCUUCAUCCAUACUUACAGCGUGGAUCACUCCUUAAACGGCCGGGUCAUUGCCCGCAUCUUCCACGGAAUUCCCAGUCCAUGCUUUCCCGCACCAGUCUGGGGCCGAGUGAGGCGCUACUGGAGGACGUACAUGCACCUGGACUUCAAUCUUGUUAUGAAAAUGGCAGCCGAGACUAUGGUCAAAAUGAGAAUGUGAUUAGUCCGUCUUUUGUUCUAUUAUGAGAACUCAAUCUACCUGGCUUAACAAAGAAGUACACGAUACAUACACAACUAAACAAAUUCAUGAAUCGGUGCCACAGAGGACAUACAGGUUUUUGCUUCAAAUUGUGUCCCCAAGAAUGCACCAAGAGUUUUAGUGUGGAAUAAGAUUAUACAUGUCAAAAGGAGUGCAUCUAUAUAAUCAUGUAAACACUGGGGGCAUUGUUGUAUUUGUCAGCUAUGGAAAAUAAGCAUGUAUCAUCUUAAGUAUGAAAAUCAGGGCUUUCUUUAUCAUCAUUUGACUGAAAAAUUGUCAAGUAUGACAUUAAACCCGAAAAGUACAUUCCAGGGCUUUCUUGCAAAAAGCCAGAUGUAGUGUCUUAAUGUGUACUUAAUUACCAUAGGGAUGAUGCCACAGGAGCGUCUUAUCAAUGUGAUUGCUGUGAUUUCAAGUCCAGCUCAUGCUGGCUUCCUCUCCGGCAGAUGGUAAUGCCUUUCCUCCAGGUUCUGACAGGUUAGCUCCCAAUAUAAUGCUGGUCAGUUUAAAGUGAAAUAUUCUUGAAUACUGCCAUUGCAUAAAAAAACCAAUUAAAUAAAUAAAUAUGUAAUUACCCUAGGCACCACUACUUACAACAUCAGGUCACCAUACUCAUGAUAAGGGGCCACCAUGCAGGUGGGCCCAGAAGUCCUACACAGCUAUCAGGUGUUAUAAGGUAUGCGAGCAAUGCAGUUAUGGCAGCGAGAAAUUCUGUGGGAAUUAACAUGUGAUAAGGCCACCAAUUACUGGCUGUUGUUAAAACAGUUCAGUAAUGUAUGCACAGCUACAUCAAGUAAUGGUUUUACAGUUUUAUAUUUUUAUUCAAGUAAAAUGUAUAAAUAUUACGGCAGAAACCAACUUUAUUUUU